AUUUCAUACUCUGCAAAUUACGGCUUUCAACUCCAUCAAACGAUAUCCAGGCAACCGAUUAUUUAUUUCUCUGAAGAAAUGCCACCCGCAAGAACUGGGCGGCGAAGAAACCGAAAACUGGAAUACUUGAAAUGCAGGCAUUGUCGUCGGGAUAAGCAAAAAUGCCUACCAACAGAGCGGAGGCCUGGCCAGAAAUGUGGUCGGUGCCAACAGAAAGGAUUUCCCUGCUCAGAGAAUGAAACAAGCAGAACCCCCCAAAGUUCGAGUUCCUCAUCGGCUUCGCUAGAGGAGGUACAAAUGAUGGUAGAGCAUCUGAACUAUGCACAUAUUUUGCGUUCGACGAUCCACAAGACCAAAAAAAGGAUUUCAACUCCAAGAAAUAUUUCGAAACAUCGACACAACUGUCGCGGAUAAAGUCUGCUCGAGUCUAGAUCAGCUCCGGUCCAUAUAUGACGCCUGGAUGGAACAUCUGCGAGAAAUAUUGCGCCUAAAGGUCAUAAAAUCGGGGUCUGAGGAGCCUCUACAGGCGCUCCUGUUCUCUCAACUGCUUGUUCAGUUGGAUUCC